GUUAAACCUCAUUGAAGAAGAAGAGAUCCUCCUCAUGAGAAGCAUAAACUGUAUGCAACCUAUAGAUAUGUCCUAGGUUUCAGUGUCAUCACCAUCAAGUCCUCUUUAGACGGAGAAGCUCGUUCCAAUUUUUAACAAGAAACAUUUGAUCCACAUGUGGAAACACGUUUAGAAAAUGAGCAAUUUUGCCCUACUGUUUUGUUUUGCUUUCUCAACUUUGUCUUUGUGCACAACGCUGAAGAGGAACGACGAGCCUAUUAUUGGUGAGCUUCUGCAUCACAUGACUAAGAAACUAAAGUGUUACAUAAUGUAUUUAUUAUAAAUUGUUACCUGUAUCAUUAACACUGCCUAAUAGAUGAUUAUGUGAGUUUAGAAUGUUGCAUAUCUAGUUCGACCUCUUUAAAGUCCCCUCUGAUAACAAAUACAGAAACCAUAGCUACAAUUAGUCCUCAGAAUGAUGGGUACUAUUCUCUAUUAUAAAUGUAACCCAUUCAGAGUAGGCCUAAGGUACAGGUUAUUCUUCAAAAUCAAAGGAAUAUUUUAUUACAUAUUGUAGCUUUACUGAAAAUACGUUGAAACUUUAUUCAACUCCUUGUAACUCACUUUCUAAACUGUAUCUGCGAUUUCCUAAGGUGUUUUGGCGCAGGAGGUACACUCGCCUCGACCACAGAAGGCGUCUUAUAUAGCCGCAUCCUAUGUCAAGUUCCUGGAGUCUGCUGGAGCAAGAGUCGUCCCUGUGAUGUAAGCUUCAUGUAGAUUGAUAAUGUACUAUAACGUUAGUUGAGCACUUAACAGCUUUUCAAAUAUUGUUAUGAAUAUCUCAUAAAAUUGGACUGAAUAUUAGAUAGGCCAAAUGUUUAAUUUCCCAACUACUUUACUAUGAACCCCUGACAAACUUUUCUGUGAUUUCUACAGGAUAAAUAAGACACUGGAAGAGUACAAAACACUGUUCAACUCCAUUAACGGGUAGGUGUCAACUAUGCUAUUUGCUGUACAAGACCAACUGUCGUGUUGUUUUUGUAAUUUAUAUUUUAAAAAUGAUUUAAUGAUCUAUAUAUACCCCCCCCCCCCCCCUAGAAUACUCUACCCUGGUGGUGGUGUUAGCAUCCUCACAUCUGGGUAUGCAAACGCUGCUAGAAUAUUUUACGAGCUUGCCAUAGAGGUAUGACAUGUUCCUUUUGAUACUUUCACAUAUUGUCUCUGGAGCUUUAUUUUACCUUACCAAAUAUGUGGGGAAAUAAACCUGUUCUUAUCGGGAAAAAAUAUUGACUUUUUAGGCCAACUCAAGGGGUGACUAUUUCCCUGUAUGGGGCACGUGUCUUGGAUUUGAGGAAUUGACGUACCUGACCAGUGGAAAGAUGCUUCUGUCCCACACCAACACCAGUGGAGUGGCAUUGCCACUGGUUUUUACUAAUGGUAUGUUGUACCUGUACUUGCGUGUAACACCAUGUUAUCAUACAGACAUAAGAGAAAAGCAUCACUCAUCAGAUUUGACCAGAAUUACAUUACCCAAAUGAUCACAAAUGGAACAGGUACACUUAUCCAAAUGCUGCAAGAAUGCACACAGUCUCACCAAAACAAUAAUCUGCAACUUGAAGUAAUGUGAAAUUAUUACACUUUCAGGAUCAAGAGAGAGUAGGCUGUUCAAGGGCUUCCCAGCAGAGAUCCUGGAUGCCCUGGCCUCUGAGCCAAUCACUGCAAACUCCCAUGGAUGGAGUCUCACUCUGGCGGUAUUUGCAUUGUGUCUGUGUACAAUCACCAAGUGAUAGGCUUUUAUGUAUCCUCUGUAGCAUUAAUUGUGAACUAUUCGUGCAACAUUGCAAUCCAGACAUAUAACAGCAAUGCAGACCUUAGGAAGUUCUACAAAGUCCUGACCACAAGCAGUGAUGGGAAAACGGAGUUUGUGUCAACUAUGGAAGGUAAAGCACAUUCAUUGUUCUAACUUAGCAAACAGUAGUGUAUAUACAGUAACUUUAAAAAAAAACGGGAAAAUGUACUCACAUAAGAUGACAUUCAUUGAUAGGUUAAUUGUUUUCUCUGUAGCAUAUGGUUUCCCCAUCUAUGGAACCCAGUGGCACCCUGAAAAGAAUGCAUUUGAAAUGACAGAGCCGUACAUUCCACACACUCCAUUGGCUGUGAAGACCACUUUCUUCAUGGCCGAUUUCUUUGUCAAUGAAGGUAGUUAUUACAGUAAUGUGUUGCAAAAUGUCACUGAAUCUUUUGUAUGUUUGUCUCAAUAUGUAGCGUGAUGUUAUUGUAAAAGGGAGAGUUCUUGAAUGUACCCCCCUUGGCUGAACCAUGAAGGGUGUGGUCAAGAUCGAACUCCACCUGUUACAAUAUGUUUCAACCACUAAUCUAAGCCACUGCUUUUUUCAUUAACAGCUAGAAAAAACUUUCACAAAUUUCAGGAUGAAGAGGUGGAGAAGAGGGCAGUGAUAUAUAACUACAAUCCUGUGUACACUGGAAUCAAGUCUGCCUUUGAACAAGUAUAUUACUUUUGAUAUAGAGGGGUCGUUCCACAAAAUCAGUGCCUUUUGAUAUUUUAAGUAGAAAUUGU